GCAGGUCCGGCACUGCCAGCAUGGCCUCUCCAGGCCUCUCGGCGCCCCUUCCUGAGUUACCAGAGAAUAAUUGCUGGUACCGCGAGGUCCAGUACUGGGACCAGCGCUACCGGUGCGCUGCCGACUCUGCCCCCUACGAGUGGUUCGGGGACUUCUCCUCUUUCCGUGACCUCCUAGAGCCUGAGCUGCUACCCGAAGACCGUAUCCUUGUGCUAGGCUGCGGAAGCAGUGCCCUGAGCUAUGAGCUUUUCCUUGCGGGCUUCCCUGACGUGACCAGUGUGGAUUACUCAUCAGUAGUGGUGGCCGCCAUGCGGGCUCGCUAUGCCCACGUGCCCAAGCUGCGCUGGGAGACCAUGGACGUGCGGGCACUGGACUUCCCCAGUGGCUCCUUUGACGUGGUGCUCGAGAAGGGCACCCUGGAUGCCCUGCUGACUGGAGAACAGGAUCCCUGGACCGUGUCCUCUGAAGGUGUCCACACUGUGGACCAGGUGCUGAGUGAGAUGGUGGAGUACAAACGCGCCACGCUGCGGGAUGAAGACGCGCCCGAGACCCCCGUAGAGGGCGGGGCCUCCCCGGACGCCGUGGAGGUGGGAUUCCGGAAGAGGACAGGUCACCUCUUGGGCUCGCACACUCAGCUGGAGCUGGUCUUGGCUGGUGUCUCUCUACUGCUGGCUGCCCUGCUUGUGGGCUGCUUCGUGGCCUUGGGGGUCCAGUACCACAGAGACCCAUCCCAUAGCACUUGCCUCACAGAGGCCUGCAUUCGAGUGGCUGGAAAAAUCCUGGAGUCCCUGGACCGUGGGGUGAGACCCUGUGAGGACUUUUACCAGUUUUCCUGCGGAGGCUGGAUUCGAAGAAAUCCUCUGCCUGAUGGGCGUUCUCGCUGGAACACCUUCAACAGCCUCUGGGACCAGAACCAGGCCAUACUGAAGCACCUGCUUGAAAACACCACCUUCAACUCCAGCAGCGAAGCUGAGCGGAAGACGCAGCGCUUCUACCUCUCCUGCCUACAGGUGGAGCGCAUCGAGGAGCUGGGAGCCCAGCCUCUUCGAGACCUCAUUGACAAGAUCGGUGGUUGGAAUAUUACGGGGCCCUGGAACCGGGACAACUUCAUGGAAGUGCUGAAGGCAGUAGCAGGGACCUACAGGGCCACUCCCUUCUUCACUGUCUACAUCAGUGCCGACUCUAAGAGUUCCAACAGCAACGUUAUCCAGGUGGACCAGUCUGGGCUCUUUCUACCCUCUCGAGAUUACUACCUAAACAGGACCGCCAAUGAGAAAGUGCUCACCGCCUACUUGGACUACAUGGAGGAGCUGGGGAUGCUGCUGGGCGGACAGCCAGCCUCUACGCGGGAGCAGAUGCGGCAGGUGCUGGAGCUGGAGAUACAACUGGCCAACAUCACAGUGCCCCAGGACCAGCGGCGGGACGAGGAGAAGAUCUACCACAAGAUGAGCAUCAUGGAGCUGCAGGCCCUGGCGCCCUCCAUGGACUGGCUGGAGUUCCUGUCUUUCUUGCUGUCACCGCUGGAGCUGGGUGAUUCUGAGCCCGUGGUGGUGUAUGGGACAGAUUAUUUGCAGCAGGUGUCAGAGCUCAUCAAUCGCACAGAGCCAAGUGUCCUGAACAAUUACCUGAUCUGGAACCUGGUGCAGAAGACAACUUCAAGCCUGGACCGCCGCUUUGAGUCUGCACAAGAGAAGCUGCUAGAGAUCCUCUAUGGCACCAAGAAGUCCUGCACGCCGAGGUGGCAGACCUGCAUCUCCAACACGGAUGACGCCCUCGGCUUCGCUCUGGGCUCCCUCUUUGUGAAGGCCACAUUCGACCGGCAGAGCAAGGAAAUUGCAGAGGGGAUGAUCAGCGAGAUCCGGACUGCCUUUGAGGAGGCCCUGGGACACCUGGUUUGGAUGGAUGAGAAGACCCGCCAGGCAGCCAAGGAGAAAGCAGAUGCCAUCUAUGACAUGAUUGGUUUCCCGGACUUCAUCCUGGAUCCCAAAGAGCUGGAUGAUGUUUAUGAUGGGUAUGAAGUCUCUGAAGAUUCCUUCUUCCAGAACAUGUUAAAUUUGUACAACUUCUCUGCUAAGGUGAUGGCUGACCAGCUCCGCAAGCCCCCUAGCCGGGACCAGUGGAGCAUGACCCCCCAGACAGUGAAUGCCUACUACCUUCCAACCAAGAAUGAAAUCGUCUUCCCUGCCGGCAUCCUGCAGGCUCCCUUCUAUGCCCGCAACCACCCCAAGGCCCUGAACUUUGGUGGCAUCGGUGUGGUGAUGGGCCAUGAGUUGACACAUGCCUUUGAUGACCAAGGGCGAGAGUAUGACAAGGAAGGGAACCUGCGGCCAUGGUGGCAGAAUGAAUCACUGGCAGCCUUCCGGAAUCACACGGCCUGCAUGGAGGAGCAGUACAGCCAGUACCAGGUCAACGGGGAGAAGCUCAACGGCCGCCAGACCCUGGGGGAGAACAUUGCUGACAACGGGGGGCUUAAGGCUGCCUACAACGCUUACAAAGCAUGGCUGAGAAAGCAUGGGGAGGAGCAGCAGCUGCCAGCAGUGGGUCUCACCAACCACCAGCUCUUCUUUGUGGGAUUUGCCCAGGUGUGGUGUUCGGUCCGUACACCCGAGAGCUCUCACGAGGGGCUGGUGACCGACCCCCACAGCCCUGCCCGCUUCCGCGUGCUGGGCACUCUCUCCAACUCCCGUGACUUCCUACGGCACUUCGGCUGCCCUGUCGGCUCCCCCAUGAACUCAGGGCAGCUGUGUGAGGUGUGGUAGACCUGGGUCAGGGGAGAAAUGGCCCGCUGUUGCCAGGGCCUGGGGCAGCUCACCCUUCAAGGCUGUUUGCUCUGGGGUUUGGAGAAGGCAAAUGCCAGCUAGGCUGGGUCUGGCCCCUCUAUACCACAGAUGACAUGAGUCCUGGUCCCUUUUUGACCACCACAUCGUGCCUCUGUUUUGGGGGUGCCCCUGCCUCCAGCAGAGCCCCCACCAUUCACUGUGACAUUCUUCCGUGUCACCCUGCCUGGAGGAGGCUGGGAUGGGGUGGGGGGGCACCGGCUCCCACAGGAAGGAGUCCACCUCUUCUGGUCCCAAGCUCACUGGGCUUGGGUGACCAUGGGGCCUGCUAUGCCUGCCGCCCUCUGACGACGCAGGGCCUGGCUGGUGUGCCCCGAGGCUCAUUCAGUGCUCUCUCCAGAAUAGACUGAGCUCCUUUCAGUCCUGCCCUCAGGGGCUGCCCCCACCCCAUGUUCCUCGUGCUGCUGCUCCUAAUACUGCUGCCAUCCCUCGCUGAUAGACCAGCUGUGCUCAGCUCUUAGUGGAAGCCUGAGGGCCUUUAUGAGCCUCCCUGCUGCCUCCCGGGUCCCCUGGGCUCAGAGAAGUGUACAUGUGUAGGGGAUGCUAGUUCCUGUGUCCUGGGGUACAAGUCUUAGGGGGGGGUGACUGAUUCUCCCUGGACCAAGCAGAAAAGCAGAUAGAGCAGGGAGAGGGAAGGAUAGAGUUUAUUUUUACAGGAAACAGGGUGGGGAGGGAGUGACCCUGGCCCUGUAGGACCCUGUGCCAAUAAAUAGACAUGCAUCAGUCAGCCUGUCUCUUCCUUUGGUCCUGUUUUCAUUUACUCAUUCCACCAAUAUUUACUGAGCA